AUGUUCAAAAACAAUAAUGGUUAAUACAAGAAACCAAAAAUUGAAAACUUUUAAUGGUAAGAAGCAACAUAGAUAAAUGAAGAGGUCACUUGGGAUCCUUUUAUAAGUAAAUUUUUCAAAUUUAAAAUAAAAAUCACCUUUACAAAAGAUAAAGAAAUCAUAUACUCUUCAUUGGAUGGCUCAAUUUUAAGAAUGUACUUUUUUAUUACUAAAUUUAGAGAUUCAAUUUUAGACAUUUUUAAGAAACCAGAUGUGCUUAGAAAUUUAGAUUAAAUAGAAAAUCUUCAAUGGCAAGGGAAAUAUGGAGAUAAUAAAAAAAAAAUAGGAUUAUGGUAUCUCGUUUGGAAUGGAGAAAUUCUUAAAGAUGUUGGGGGAUCAUAUUAAAAAGAUGGAUUAAAAUAAGGUCUAUGGAAAUAAUUAAUCAAAAAUUAUUGGAAGUAAAUUUUAAAUAAUUAUAUGAAGGAGAGCAAAAUUAUAUGAAAUUGGGGAAUAUUUUAAUGAUCAUAAAAGAGGAAAAUGGAAGUAUAUAUAUGAAGAUAAAGAGAUGUAUUUAAAUAAUAUUCCUUUUUAGAGGUGGAGGAUUAUACAACGAAUUUGGUGAAAAAACUGGCAAAUGGAUUGAUAUUAGCAGAAACUUUUGGGAGUAUAAACAAUAAUUAUUAAAAAGUGAGAGCCAAAUCCUUUUUAUUGGGAAUUAGAUAAAUGGAUGCAAAGUUGGCAGAUGGGAUAUUAAUUGGAGAGAAUAAAAAGAUUCAUAAUUUAUAAAAAUGUAAAAUGAAUCAUUAGACUUUUUAGUGGAGGUGGAUCAUAUGACAAUAAUCUUAAGGAGAAGAAGAAAUAAAAAUUGGUGAAUGGAUUGAAUUAAGUAAUGGAUUUUGGAAGUUUGUUUAUUGAAUUUAAUUAUACAUUUUAGUAAAAGUUAAGUAACCUAUAGUGGGAAGUAUGUAAAUGGUAAAAAAAUUAAUCGUUGGAAUAUCCUCGUUUAGGGAAAAUUAAUGUAAUAAAUAAAUAAAUCUAAACCUUACUUUAGUGGUGGUGGACAAUACGGAAAUAAAGAAAACAAUUAUGGAAUUAAAUAAGGUAAAUGGAUUGAAUUAGAUGAUGGAUUAUAUAAGUAAUAGAAUUUAAUCAACUUUAUUAGUUCUAAUUAAAUUACAUAUAGAGGUGAAUAUAAAAAUAGUAUAAAAAUUGGUAAAUGGGAUAUUAUUUUUAGAGAUUCAAAUGUCAACUAGGAUAUAUAAAUGUAAAAAUAUUAUUCUAAAUCAUUAAAUCAGUGGUGGUGGUUUUUAUGAUGAGUAAUCAUCAGAUAAGAAAGGAAUUAAAAUAGGGAGCUGGAUUGAGAUUAGUGAUGGAUUUUAUGAGUAUAAUUUUUGGAUCGAUAACUUAUUAUUUACUAGUUUUAGGUAAGUUACUUACUAAGGUGAAUAUUAAAAUGGUAAAAAAGUUGGUAGAUGGGAUAUUUAUUUCAAAGAUUUAUGUAUGGACAACAACAUAUAUAUGUAAACUUUUAUUUUAACUCAUUUAUUAGCGGAGGUGGAUCAUUUGAAAUCUAGUCAAUAGGAGAUAGCAUUAAAAGAGGAAAAUGGUAAGAACCUGAUGAUAAAUUCAGAAGGUACUUGAUUUGAAACUAUUUAUUAUUAAAGUUAGAGUUAAAUUAUUUAAAUUGGUGAAUAUAAAGACGGUUAAAAAGUUGGACUCUGGCAAAUCUAUUAAGAAAAUAUUUUUCAGUAGAAAAGAAAACAGAUGUACAAUUCAAAAUAUAAAUAAUUUCUUUUAGUGGUGGUGGAAUCUAUAUUGAUAAACAAGGAUGUUAAGGUAUUAAAAUAGGUUUAUGGAUUGAUUUGAGUCGUGAUUUUUGGAAGUAUAUUAAAUUGAUGAUUAUUAUUAUUCCUGGUUUUAUAGAUAUGGUUAAAUCACUUUCUAAGGUGUAUAUAGGAAUGGUAAAAAAGUUGGUAAAUGGGAUUAAAAUUUUAUUGAUGAUUUCAAUAUGUAGAAUUAUUAGAUGUAAAAUAAAAUUUCUAUUUUUUAGAGGUGGAGGAUCUUAUGAUAAUUAGCAAGAUAAUAUUGAGAAGAAUGGAAACUGGAUUGUGUUUUGUGAUUAUUUCUAGAUGUAAAUUAGAUUUAUUAUAUUUUAUUAGGCGUAGAUAAAUAACUUAUAAAGGUGAAUAUGCUAAUGGCAAAAAAGUUGGUAGAUGGGUCAUGCAUUGGAAAUGGAAUGGUAAGUUAAAAAAGAUGUAAGUCAAUUAAUUUAUAUUGAAUAAUUUAGUGGAGAGGGUUUAUAUGAUACCUUGUAAGGAGAAGGGGGAGUUAAGGUUGGCAAGUGGACUUUUGUUGACGAUAAGUUUAACAGGUAUCUUGAUUUUAUCAGGAAUUUUAGUGGUUGUUAAGUUACUCAUAGAGGGAGAUAUUAAAAUGGUAAAAAGGUUGGUAAAUGGGAUAUAUAUUAUAGAGAAGGAAAGUAGAAUUGAUGUAAAUUAAUUUGUUAUAUAUGUAUUAAGUGGUGGUGGAUUUUAUGAUUAUAAAAAAGAAGGAGAUGAAAUUAAGAUAGGAAAAUGGAUUGAUUUGAGUGAUACAUUUCGUGUGUACUUAUAUUUGAUGGAUUUAUUGUUUUAGUGAUAAUUAAAUUAUUUAUUGUGGGGAUUAUGGGGAGAGUGGGAAAGUAGGUAGAUGGGAUAUUUUUUGGAGAAUGAAAAGAAAUCUUUAAUUUUAAUUUAUGUAAAAUAUUAAAAGAUGUUUUAUAUUAGUGGAGGCGGAUCAUAUGAUAGUAAGCAACAAGCAGAAGCAGAUGUUAAAAUUGGAAAAUGGAUUGAAUUGAGUGAAGAUUUGAAAAAGUAUAUGAAAUAAAUCAUUUUUAUAAUAGUUAUAAUUGGAUAAUCUAUGAAGGAGUGUAUAGAAAUGGUUAUAAAAUUGGAAAAUGGAAUAUCAAAAGGAGACAAUAUAAUGAAACUGAAUUUAAAAACAUGUAAGUGAUAUUAAUAAAAUAUAAAUACAGAGGUGUUUAAACAUAUGAUAAUUGA